AACCGCUAUUAUUAUUAUAUUAUUAUAACAAGGCAAUUAAAAAACUAAUGAAGAAUAAUAUGAAGAACGGGAGCAAUGAGCCUGUCGACAACGUCACUGAAGACGUCGAUGACGUCGUUGCUGGUCCGGACACGGCUGAGCUGCUGGCGGCGAGCAAGAGUCGCGCGCCGCUGACGAAGGCGCAGUGGGAGGAACAGCAGAACAAACUGUGCCGCGUGCUGGACCCUGACACUGGCAGGAUGAGGCUGAUCCGCGGCACCGGGGAGGUGGUGGAGGAGUGUGUGUCGAGGCGUCGCGCCGUGGCCAUCAACAAGCAGGCGACGCGAGGCGACGGCGACGCCUUCCAGCAAGGCGUCGCCGCCAAGCUUGCGUCCGGUCCUCAGGAACGGCAAGAUAAUCAGCAAUAAUAGAUCUGCGUCGCCUGGAACAAGCAGGCGACGGUGAUCCAUUCCUGCAGGCGACGGCGAUCCAUUCCUGCAGGCGACUCGUGGCAACGGCGACGACUAAGUCAACUGCCAGGUUCUCGAAAAAGAAUUCUCUAACAUCAACGAUGAGUUAUUUGUUUAAGUUUGAAUUAACAGCAGCGUGGUAUUAUUAUAUUUGUCAACACAAAAUAGGUGACCCGAGUUAACCGUUACUGUUAGCGAUCUUCGAGUUCGUCUGGGGCGCUGACACGCUCAUGAUAUGGUCGCUUAUUACCAAGUUAUAUAUUAUGUACUACUAAUAUGGUAGUUUCCAUAAAUCCUUAUGAUGUUUAUAUUGAAGGUUAAACAUUAUUCCAUAUAUUCUCGUAUUUACCUAUAGCCCAUGAUGACUUAGAACCGUUUGUUAUAACUUUUUUUUGUAUCAUAAACUUUCUUUAUGAUCGACGAGAAAGCAGAAGCAGUUCCAUGCCCUGUGGGUUACAUUUAGUGAUAGUGAUGUUUACCUUCGUAUUAACAUUCCGUUCGUAUGUUGAUGAUCUUUGGGACUACCUUGCACUCA